CUGGCCGACACGAAGCAUCACAACACUCCUGCUCAAAGUUGCGUGAGGAAGGAUGAGCUUCUAACUUUUAAAGAUUUUUGCGCAGUCCUCCUUUUGCCUUUUUUCUACCGCCGUUGUCAACUUUGAAAACAAAGUUUGGACUUUUUUUUUUUUUUUUUUUACUUUUUUUUUUUUACCGGAUGCUGAGAUGCGCACAAAGUGACAGCGGUCCAGCUCUCCUUCUGUCAUCAACGAGCAAUAAAAACGCCAUGAAAGACGACUUUGCAGACGAGGAGGAAGUACAGUCUUUUGGAUACAAGAGGUUCGGGAUCCAGGAGGGCACCGAGUGCACUAAGUGUAAGAAUGAUUGGGCACUGAAGACCUCCAUAGCUUUGCUCUACGUGCUGUGCACCAUCCUCACCAUCGCUGUGGCCGUGCUUGGAUACAAAGUGGUACAAAGAGUCGACAGCGUGUCUGAAGGCAUUGCCAACUAUGGGGGGAAAAUUAUUGCAGUGGAGACUGACCUGCUAAAGCUAGAUGAUAAAACUGGGGAAAAGUCAGAGAACACGACCACAGCGAUCCAGGCUUUUAAGAACAAGGUCAGGACUCUUCAGAUGCAGGUGUCAAUGAUGGAGGAGCACAUCCACAGCAACCAGGCCAAGCUAAGCCAACUCCAAAACGUCGGCUCAGACAUUCAGAGGCUCCAGGGUUCUAUUCAGGGUCUGCUGGACAGCAACACGGCCACGGUGCGCUUCGUCAACGUCACUCUGCAUUUUUACGGCGGCAUCGUUGAAGGUCUGCAAGAUGACACAAUCAGGCUGCAGACAGAUCUUCACGAGCAGGUAAAACUCCAGAACCAAGUCUUGCUUAACAUUGGUGGACUGAACCUCACACAGGCCCAGCAGCGGGGCCUCAUCAGUGCUCUGCACCGGGUAGUGGAUGACACCAGUCAGAGCAUCCAGAAAAUCCGCAAUGACUUCCAAAGCCUCGAGCAGACCACCCGUCAGACGCGCUCUGAUAGCGAGUGGCUAAGGAGUAAAGUAGACAACCUCCAUGUUCUAGCCACAAAUGCCUCAAUGCUGUCCAAGGCCAACAACGACAGCCUGGAGGAGGUUGGAUCCCAGCUCACAAUCAUGUCCAACCAGUUACAGAACACCAGCAGCAUAGCUGACACCCAUGGCAAGGCCCUGAGGCAGAUCCUGGACCAGCAAAAGUAUUUCAGCAACUUUACGGCCUCUAAGUUUGAGCAGCUAGAGGUCAGGCUAGAUGAGUCAGAGCAGAGCAUUGACCGUGUGACAGGCAACAUCAGCUUCACCACGCAGCUCCUGGGCGCCAUCAACCUCAACUUGAACGACCUGCGCUCUAGUUCCGAGACAGUGGGUCGUAACUCAGAGUUCUUACUGAACCUCAACAACAGCGUGGUUGACAUAAGAACCGACACGGCCGGCCUGAGAUCAAAGCAGGAGGACCUGGCAACACGUUUGGACAAGGAGGUCACCAACCUCUCCAUCAUUAUGGAGGAGAUGAAGCUGGUGGAUACCAAGCACUCCCAGUUGAUAACAAACUUCACCAUCCUACAAGGUCCUCCUGGUCCUAGAGGACCAAGGGGGGACAAAGGGCCUCCAGGGCCGUUUGGCCAAUCCGGCAAUAAGGGCGAAAAAGGGGAAAAGGGUGCAUCAGGAAUACGGGGAUCAAGAGGAGAGCAGGGUAUUCCAGGCCCACCGGGUCUUCCAGGGUUUAAGGGUCUUCCAGGCGCCAUAGGCAACCCAGGGUCUAAGGGUCCUCGAGGAUCCGGAGGAAGGGCGGGGCCUCCAGGAGGGAAGGGAGAGCCGGGAACUGCCGGUCUAAAUGGCAGAGAUGGACAGCCUGGUCCUCAAGGGGCACAGGGCCCACCGGGCAUCCGAGGUCCAAUGGGACCAGCUGGAGAGCAGGGCCCAAGGGGACUGCAGGGACCAGUGGGGCCUCCAGGGCCAGCUGGGCCACCAGGAAUUCCAAUACGUGGAUCAGCUUUUCCUGUGGGUGCAGUGUCUCUGCAGGAUGGAGCCAUCUCUCCAACAAGUGGGGCUCCAGGUUGUCCUUCUGAGUGGCUCCCCUAUAGAGACAAGUGCUACUUCUUCUCCAAAGACCUGCACAGUUUUGAUGACGCAAAAAUCACUUGUGAAUCCCUGUCUGCUUCCUUGUUGAUCAUCACUGAUACGGAGGAACAGAAAUGGCUGACGAAGCAGAUGACGGGCAAAGGCUACUUCUGGAUGGCUUUGACCGACAGAGAGGAGGAGAACGCGUGGCGCUGGCUGGACGGUAGUGAGCCUGAAUUCACGAAGUGGAAGCCCGGCCAGCCUGACAACUGGGGUCACGGCCAUGAAAUCGGGGAGGACUGCGCAGGUCUCGUCCACCAGGGCUUGUGGAACGACUUCUCUUGCGAAGACCUCAUAGGCUACAUUUGUGAGAAACAACCGGAGACAACAGGAGGCCUGGGUGACUCCUAGCGGUGACUUGCAAGGCGGCGGGGCUUCCAAUGAGCAGCUAGACUGGACCCACGAGGUCCUGGUCCACAUGGAGACAAUAAAAAGGGACACAUUUGGACAUACGGAGACUUUCUCCUCCUAAGUGUCCAAUGAGUGCAAUACAGCAGACAGCCAAAGAAGGACAAUCUAUAUUUUUUGUUUUAUCUAUAUUUUGAUGAUACACGUUACUGAAUGUAUAUUUUACUAUCCUUGUCAUGAAUGUCAAUUAUUAGCGAUGAAAUAUGUGAUGUGCAGGAAGAAAAGACCGUAGAAAUGUGCCACUCUCAGGUUAAUACAACAAAUAUGUAUCACAAA